CCGACGAUGGUACCAACUGAAUGGAAAAUACCUUGAUCGCACAGCGCCUACACCACCGCUCUUUGUACCGUCUCCGAAGUCAAGGUCAGAGCACUUUACGGCUGUUGAUGCCGCCAAAGUCAUGCUUGUGCUACUGAUACUUUGUAACUCAUUGACGGGCCUGUAUCUGUCAUUUAAGCUACUUUCCGUCCAAUGCGGUGUCAUUAGCAUUGCCGAGUUCGAACGCCAUAAUCCUACGACGGCAUCUGAAAAGGCGAGCACCGCCCCUGGCAUACACCAGCGACCGGCGGCUACCAGGACACUUGGGCGAACUCACAAAUAUGCCGGCUUGGAAGAUGGGAUCGACAGAUGCUGCGCUACACUAGCUGUUCGAUGAGACUCACCGUCGUUCAGACACUGCCGAGACAGUAUCGUUUGGGGCUCGCCUUACAUCUUGUCAUCUCUAGGUUAACGGGCUUUGUGACACAAACUCCGAACUUACGAGGACUAUACUUCACUGUAAUGAUGAAUGUAUUACCUUCUCAUGAUUCUUUCGCCCUUGCGUCC